AUGGUUUAUAUCCUAAGGUAUAGCGGUUAAGACGGUAAGGAAGGAACUGAUGGUAAAACAGGUUUAAGAGGUGCUGAUGGCAAUCCAAAUGGUGGCCAUGGUCAAAAUGGUACAGAUGGCACAUCAGGAACUGAUGGAACUAAUGGAUCAGAUGCUGGAUUUGUAUAAGUUGAUAUCACUUGUAGUGGUAAUGAGUUAGUUGUUAAUGGAAAGAAAACUGGUGAAAUUGUAGGUUCAGAUAAAUGCUCUCUUAUAGUAUUUGCAGAAGGAGGAAAAGGUGGAAACGGUGGCACUGGAGGACCAGGAGGAGCAGGUGGUAAAGGUGGCAAAGGUAUAGAUGCUAGAUAAGGUGCUAACGGUACCAACGGAGGAAACGGUGGUAACGGAGGCAAUGGCGGAAAAGGUGGAAAUGGAGGAGAUGGCGGAAAAGGAGGAGAAGUCUGCUUUAAAGUCAGUGAGAAGGAAACUGAUUUACUUUUCCUAAUCACUUAAAUCAGUGUUGCUAAAGGAAUGGGAGGAAAAGCUGGAAGAGGAGGUGCACCUGGUGCUUAUGGUUUUGCUGGAGAAGGUGGAAAAAGUUUCACAGGUUUUGAUGGAGUUAAAAAUUAACAAGGUGGUUAAAGAGGAAAUCUUGGUAAAGAAGGUAAUAGAGGUCCUGAAGGAAAGAGUGGUAAAGAUGGAAACUUUGGAUUUUACUACUUCGUCGUUAUGGAAUAAUAAAGAUCAUUUAAAUAGCUAUUUAACUUAGUUAUGAGCUCGGUUAAACCAGUAGUUUCUCCUGAUUAGAUUAUAGAGCCUGGUGAAACUCUUUCAACCGAAAUAACUGUAAUGAAUGAUUCUGAAAUGAGUACUCCAUCUGCAAGUCCUAUAACUUUUAGUCUUUUUUAGAAUCCUUACAUUGAGUAAGACGCAAAAUAGAAUAUGUUUGAAUAUAACUAAGCUAUUGGUGGUUUAUAAAAAGUUACUAUACCCAAACAAUUUUAAUUUAAAAUAGCUCCUUAGUUGGAACCUAAGAUAAAUGCCCCUUUAAAUGACACUUUCAAUUUGAAAUUUAAUUCUAUUUUAAAUAGAGUAAAAGCUGAAUUUAAAGGAAUCACUUCAUUUGAUUUCCCUAUUAAAGUAGAGUAUCCUGUAGAAUUAACUUAUGUAUCAGGACCUCGUUCCUUUUUAGAUGAUGAAGAAAUACCAAUAGUAAUUGGAAUCAAAAAUAAAUCUUCUAAACCUUUAGGUAUUAAAAAUGGUCGUCUUUUAAAUAUGAGAGUUUACAACGAGAGUAAGCAAGGAGCUAUUUAAUUCACUCCCUAUAGUCCAGAUGCAGACAAAACUUUAUAAGAAAACAACAGCGAUCCAGCUGCUAAGAAAGCUCUGGAUUAAUCUAACUUCAUCAAAGCUGAUGAUAAAGUUAAAAACUACGAACUUAUUAGAUAAGUUUUUAUUCCAAGUAUUAAUGCAGGAGAAACAAUUUUCUUCAAAGGUACUAUUAAGGUAGUUGACAAAUCUAUUUAAGCCUAUGAUACUGUCAAUAUUAGAUUCUGUCUUGAUAUUGGUCAUAUUGAUGAUCCAUUAAAUAAAUACUAAACAAUUCAAGAAAACAUAUUUAAAGCUUAAAAGUCAGAUAAGUUAGAAUUUAAAGAUUCUUCAGAUGUGCUACUCGUUAUAAACAGCGAAGUUGAUCGCGAUAGCAUUUUUAAGGUACGUCAAUCUUUACAAGCAGUGGGUGCAGAUUGCGAUAUAUAUAGCAUCACUUAAUACAAAUCGUUCAAUUAUAAUUUUGACCCAUUAAAUAAGAAAAAAUCCCCUCAUGAAAAGAAAGCUGUUGUGAUAUUUGGAAAUGAAUAUCACGAUCAUUAAAACAAAUUGACUAAUGCAGUUUAGCAAAUAAGUGUUGAGAACAUUUACAAAUCUAGCUACGCAGAUGAUACAAGAAAUUAUAUUAUGGGAUCAUCUAAAAAUAUUAAAUAUGGACGUAUCUUCAACUAUUCAGCAAUUUCAUUAUUCCGCAAUUCAACAGGUGACGAAUUAAGAUCAUCUUUCCCAUAUGACAAAAAAUUCACUAUAAGGAUCCCUGACCUUGCUAUUACUUAUGGAUAGUAUUUGGAAAAGUACAGAUAAAUAAAUGGGGAUGAAGAUGAAGAUAAUCAAGGAGUUUCUCUAAUGGAUGAAACAUAAAAGAAAAUUCUUGCAACCUCAAAGUUGAAUGGCGAAGCCGUUGCAGCAAAUUAAAAGAAAUUACCAGAAGAAUUAUAAGGUUUUUAGGGUAUUUAAUAAGAGUGCGAUCUUUUGUUUAAAGGCGAUUCUCAAAAGCAGAUGAAAAACAUUCAAGAGAUAUUCGAAUUCUAUUAAAAAAAUCCUAAAGUAAUAGAAGCUGUUUAGAAUUUAGAGACUGGAUAUAGACUAAAACUUAAAGAAGGAGAUUCUAUAGAUGACGGAUAUGAUAACCAUGAUAUUAUAUUUAAUUAAAUUACCACCUUGCAUGAAACUUUAUCCAAACUUGACCCAGCUUAUCAAUAUCACAGUCGUCACUUUUACUUUAAUGAUGAAAAUGAUGAACCUGAUUUGCUCGAAACGUUUAUUGGUAAAGCUUAUAAAUCAAGUGGAUUCUAGCAUGUUAUUCGUGGUCUUAAAAAAGACAGUGUUCAAAUUGCUUUCCGUGAAAAAGGUGAAACUGUAUCUAUAGAUGAUGGAGAUAUCUAUAAUAUAUUUAAGUUAAUCCCUGCUGAUAAAAAGGUAGGCUAUAUCAAUAAAAUCAAGAGCUAAGAUGACAAAAUUGUAGAUCUAUUGUUUGCUUCAAUUGGUUCAGAUUUAUGUGAUGAAUUUAAGGCAUUCACUAGCAUAGGUUCUCGUAGUGGCUGGAAAAUUCCUUAAUAUUUAGAGCAUAUGAAAGGAUGGGAUGCAUUGAACAAAUUAAAAUUAGAUGAUUUAGUUGCAAAUAAAAAUGUUUAUGUAUUGAAGAAAGUAUUAGUUAUGAUUAAUAGUGUUCUUGAAGCAGUUUCAGAUCAAGUUAAUUUCUUUGUAAAAUUAUGUUUCUGCUCUUGUAUUCCUAACCCAUCUUCAAUAGUCCUCUCUGCAUGUAAAAAUGUCUAAAAGCAACUAACUAAAAAAAUUAAUGAAUGUCCUGGAGCUUCAGAUAAAGUAUCUGAUUUAGUUAGUAAGAAAUUCGAGAAAGCAAAUAACUCUUAAUUGAGAUUAGAUGCAAUCUAAAGACCAGAUAUACUUCUUACUAAAGGAACAACUUUCUAUAACAAUCAAAGCACUUGCAUUGUGCAUGCUUUUGAUACUUUACCAGCUUGGAUCAGACAAGAAUUGCAAGCCAUGGAGCAUAAAAAACCUAAAGACUUGAAGAUAACUAUAACAAACGAGAAAAAAGUUUAUAAGAAUGAUUAAGAAAGAAAAAGUGAUAUCGAUAAAUACGCCCAAGAAAUUAACAAAAAAUAAAAUUGA